GAACAUUCUCAUGAACAGUUUCUUACCACUGUCAGAGCUAGUCUGAACGUCAACAACCCUUUAGGCAUUAAAGACGUCGUUUUCGGUCUUUUGGGUAACGCAGCUGCUUCAGCCGGUCAAGGACAAGUCACCGAUACUGAUUGUCUACAACAAGCAACGGCCGAUCAGGCAUUCACCAAUGCCAAAGCUGCCAACGAUGUGGCAGGUAUGACGGCAGCUUUGAUUUAUAGGGCGCUUGAGAGGAAUACCGGAGCGGUAGGACAAGCGAGUGUUUUAUGGUCAUCAACUUUUUUGACUAAUCCAUCAGCGGCCAUCACUCAGCACCAAGACCCCGCGUCGGCUAAUGCGGCAGCUACGAACAAACAAAUUGUCUUGGAGUUGGCCAAGCAAAUCGCUUCCAUUGGCGGAAACCCACAAGAUGCUAUCAAAUCCGGUACAUUCGCUCCUGGUGUUAUUGGUGAUCCCACCGGAGCGGGUAAAACAUGUGAUGUGGCCAACGACCCCACAGGUUGCAUCUUCACUCAGAAUUUGCUCGUACCUGAUGCGACACCUGACGAGAUCGAUGCAGCUGUAUCGGCCGCUGGGUUGAGCAAUGUGGCUUCUAACUCGACUUCCACAGCGUCGAAUCUCGUGAGUGAUGCCUCCGACCUUCUCACCAAGCUAAACGAUGGGACAUUGCAGAAAGACCAAUCAUACGCUGACGCCUGGUUGGCAGGAGUGAGUACAAACGUCAACACUUUCACUGGUGCUUUGAACGGAGCUCAACCUGUUCCCGUGACCUUUGUGGGAGGAGAGAGGGCAUUCCAAGUGAACGGUGAUACAUUCGUCAAUAAAUCCGCUGCCAUUCAACGUGCUUGUUCCGUCCAGAAUAACGCCUGCGCGGACGCUUUCAACUCUAAAAAAGGGACUUCAUCAGUGGCGGAUUGUAAUGCCCAAGAACAAAAAUGUGAAGCUCAAUCUGCGUAA